AUGUCCGGGACGGCAAUGCGCAUGGCCAUAGUGAUGGGCCUCCAUCUCAAUAUCCCAGAAUCACAACUUCCUGAUCCGGACAUGAGAGAACACAGGAAGCGACUAUUUUGGACCACGUAUAUAUUUGAUCGAAUAUGGGCGUCCAAGCUGGGCCACCCAAGCGCCAUCCAAGAUAACGAUAUCGGGGUGGAUCUACCUUCUGAGCCAGUCAUCGGUCAGGCUUUUGGUACUGAUUUCGAUGAUACAGCCUAUCACAUUGCCAGUCUGCGUUUGGCGGCGCUCGUUACGAAAACUGUCCGCUCCAUCUACGGCCAGCGUAAUCAGGGUGAGGUCACGUUAUCUACAAGGGUGCAGCAGGCUCUAAAAGACCUUCGAUCUUGGGUUGAAGACCUGCCGUCUCACUUACAGAUUGACAAUCCGGACUCGGGUCCAAAGCCAACAUCACUCCAUCUCUCAUUCAAUCAAUGUGCUAUAUUGGCAACUCGUCCAAUUUUGCUUCAUAUCCUGCGGACUCAUGUCGCCACAUGGCCGGCAUCAUCCCCCGUGACCGAGUCUCAGGUACCCCCCAGCGCUAUAACGCUUUCCGAGGCAUGCAUACGCUGUGCACGCCACUCAAUCCGCCUCCUUACCGAUUCCUGGAUAGAUGGUUCAUUCGCGACUUUUGACUACUUUUACACGCAGUAUCUCUUCUCCGCGCUCACCAUUCUCGCGGCCUCAAGCUUGCUCAACGGACCAGAGAGCAGGAGUGACAGAGAAGCCUUUGAGGAGUCGGCUAGGUUUCUCUCACAGCUGCGGGAUGCCGGGAACUUCGCCGCUCAAGAGUACUGUCAUCACGUUGAUGUGAUGAAAGCCGAUCUUGAGAAAUUCUGCGCGAAGAGGAUGGGCCUAGAAUCGGAGCUACCUGGGCCACCUGGAGGUUUGGGCGAGAAUCCGCCACGGCUGCUGGGUCCAGCGACAUCCGCGAACUUCGGCCCCGCGCCCAUGUUGCCAGCGCACACCACGGGAGGCAUGGCGCUUGCCGAACCGUCGCUGGAAGAACUUCUAGCGCAGCCAGUACUAGAUUUGCAAUUCUUGGAGGCAUCCUUUUACGAUGAUUUGCAGGGGCUGUACUGGCCGGAUUUUAGCACGGAGAAUUGGAACGAUUUAGCGUAG